CGGCGAACGACUCACAGCAUAGUGACAGCAUUGCCGAUUGACGUUCUGUGGGUUUAUUGGAAAAUUGUGUGAUUGGAAAAAUGGCUGCAGCGACGAAACUCAGCAUGAUUGCUCGCAGCCUGAGCACAUCGGCCCCGGUGGCGCAGAUGGUGAAGCCUCCAGUGCAGCUGUUUGGGGUGGAAGGCAGAUAUGCCACUGCCUUGUACUCGGCGGCCACGAAGCUGAAGCAGUUGGAGGCCGUGGAGAAGGAUCUCGUGCAGAUCCAGGCGGCUGUCCGGGGGAAUCCAACCGUCAAGGAGAGCCUGUCCAGUCCCAUCGCCCAGAAGCGUGACUUGGCCGCGGCUCUCAAGGAGACCGCAAGGCAGGCCAAACUUGCCGAUGCCACGUCCAAUUUGCUGGAGUUGAUGGCUGAGAAUGGGCGCCUGAAGCGUCUGGACGGCGUGAUCAACGCCUUCAAGACCAUCAUGGCUGCCCACCGAGGUGAGGUGGUAUGCGAGGUGACCACGGCGAAGCCCAUGGACGACGCCCAGCGGAAGCAACUCGAGACCGCCCUGAAGGCUUUCCUGAAGCCCAACGAGACGAUUCUGUUGACCUCCAAAGUGGACCCCACGAUCCUGGGCGGCCUCGUUGUGUCCAUCGGCGACAAGUACGUGGACAUGAGCAUCUCCACGAAGGUGAAGAAGUACACAGACCUCAUCAGUCUGCCCUGCUAAGCGGUCUCUGUGCGCACUCAGUAGUUUCGUCUCCCAGAAGACCUUGUGAGGUGUACAUGAAAAUUUAUUGGUAAUAAAUGUAAUAAUAUUGAAAAAGAAGGAAAA